UGCUGCCAAUCAGUGCCACCUAUCAGUGCCAGUCAGUGCCGCCUAUCAGUGCCAUCAGUGCCGCCUAUCAGUGUCACCUAUCAGUGCCGCCUAUCAGUGCCAUAUAUGAGUGCUGCCUUUCAAUGCCCAUCAGUGAUCCCUGUCAAUGCCCAUCAGUGCCACCUACCAGUGCCUCCUCAUCAGUGCCCAUCAGUGCCACCUAUCAGUGUCCAUCAGUGCAGCCUAUCAGUGCCCAUCAGUGCAGCCUCAUUAGUGCACAUCAAUGAAGGAGAAAAAUCACUUAUUUACAAAAUUUUAUAA